AUGGAUUUGAAAAAUGAAUUUGAGUCCUAUCAGGCAGAUGAGGAAGUCAUACCUUGUUCCCAGGGAAAGACUGACAUGCAGCGGACACUGACUGGAGGACCCAGAGGGUGCCAAGGAGUGGGGGAAAGUGCAGUGGUCUGCGACCUUCACAGAGAACCCUGCCCAGGCAGGCAGCUGACCCAGCCCCACCAUGUUCCUGUGUGCUCUGGGCGUCCCCUGGUCAUCAUCCCCAAUCCCCUGCCUGGGAAUCAGCUCUGGGCUUCUGUGGGUCUCCUGCUUCUGCUGCAGAGCACACAGUCAGUCUACAUCAAGUACCAAGGCUUCGAGGUCCAGCUGGAGUCGGUGAAGAAGUUGAGCGCCCUGGAGGGGCAGCAGGAGCCCAGCCCUCACCUGCAAACCAAGAGCCUCCUGCCCUCUGUGUGCCACCACCCAGCUCUGCCCCAGGACCUCCGGCCCGUCUGCACCUCCCAGGAAGCCGCCAGUAUCUUCCAGACCUUGAGGACCAUCGCCAAUGAUGACUGUGAGCUGUGUGUAAAUGUCGCCUGCACCGGUUGCUGA